AUGCCCGGUCGCAUCAAGCUGUCCCGAUGGAUGUCGCUGGCCUUGACGGCCCUGCUCAUCACCCCUGCCAUCCUCGACUACCAGGUGCUGGCCACCACGCACGGAGCCGAGUCGCCGCGCCAACACCAUGAGGUCGCCGUUAAGCGAGACGGCGUCGGCAGCGGGCUGAGCUUCGAGGAGCGCGACACCAGCAGCAACAGCAAGACGACCAGCUACUCGUGGACCAAACAGGAGCUCAAGACCGUCGCCGAGGAGACCUUCGAGGCCGGCGACGGACAGAUCGAGAUCCGCAUGCCCGACGCCUACGACCAGAGCGGUAGCGCUCUGCAACUCUCCCAGGGCGGCCGGGAGGGCCUGCGCGUCAGCCCCAGCACCGGCGGUAGCUCCGGUUCCCGUACGCUCAUGACCGACCUCUGCAUGGGUGGCCCAUGCGAGCAAAGCCAAGUUAUGCGUCGCAAGAGGUCGUCUCGACAGGUUACUGGUGGCGACGAAGACAAACACGGAGGCGGAGCAUCGCUCAAAAGGCGCGAUGCGAGCACCGGCAACAACGUCCACUGGAUGUGGACUGCCCAGGCACUUGAGGCAUUCGCCAAGACCACAUUCGGCCGCGAUGGAAGGCAGGUCAAGGUCGACAUGCCCAAGCGACCCGACCCGCGGGUCAGCGGCGGAAGCAGUGGCAGCUCUGAGGUGCCUGCCGCUCAGCAGCCAAGCGGAGCCAGCACUGUGCCAGGCGGCAAAGGCUCCGGCACCGGCACCGAAGGGAAGGCCGAACCUCUGGGACAGAUUCGCGCCAGUGGUCAGGGUUCCGUGCACAACGUGGGCAGGCCAAUGGGCAUGAUGUGCUUCCCCGGCCUCGGCGGUUGCAACAACGACAUCCCUUAUCGAGUCAAGAGGUCGCUCCGACAGGUGGCGCUCGGUGGACGUGGUUCGAAGUGGAUCAGGCGUUCGGUUGGUGCCAUCGUCGGCAGGGCUGCCUCCCGUCCCAGUGGCCAGCAAGACCACGCUCAGGACGAAGGCAAGAAGGUAUCCAGCAAAAGCACCUCGUCGGAUAUUAACGCCCGAUCCACCGGCGAGGAAAGGGACGAUGGCAAGGGAUCCGAGCGAACUCGUGUCGGUGCUGACUCGAUCUGGAAACGAGACGUCGCCGUCGUGGCCGACAAGUGA